AUGGCACCUUCAAAAUGCGACAUCAAGGGCGUGGACUACGAAAAGGGCUAUCUCCAAACCAUGGACCAAGUCUCCACCAAAAUGGCCGGCGCACUGGGAUUCAAAGACACAGGGCAACUCUGGGACUUAUACCUGAAAGACCCCGCCACAAAAACCAUCCUUUCACACUGGCUCGAUAUCCGCAAGAAGACCUUUGGCGCACAGCUAAGACAUGCACAAAUGACGGUCCGCCCGGCGGCUAUAAAUCGAGCCUUCGAUCCCAAGAUACAAGCCAUCAUAUCUAGUACCAGACAACCGCGAAUUGGGCACGACGGUAUCGACGAGAAGUCUCUGGCACCAAUGGUUUGUCUCUGGAUGGCAUGGAAACUUAUCAAAGCGACCCCCAGUCUGUUUAGACGUAGCCGGCUGGAUACCAAGCCGCCACAUGUGGACCCGUACGAUAUCACGCAUGCUUAUAAGCUACUCUCGUGGAUAUAUCGGAAGCAGAUGGGAGGUAAGAUCCCCAUAACGAAGCCGCGGAGUACGGCUGCCGAGUCGCCGGUUUUCUUCCACGAGGGCCUGGGGGCUACGACUGCGGCGGGGCCGAGUCGGUCAGUGCGGGAUUUGUUUGGGGUGUCUUCGGGUGAUGCGAUAAAGGCUAUGGAGAAUGAGAGGGCCGUUGCUGUGGCGAGUCGGGAUGAGGAUGCUGCCAGGGCUCUCAAGCUUGAUGUUGUGGGUGAGCUUACGGAUGCCAUAUAUACUGAGUCGAACCCGGGAAGACAGGUUGGCGGUGGACGGACGCCUUGUCUUCCGAUUGAUCGGGCGAACCUAUUGCGGCAUCUGAUGGAGAUUGAUCGCUUUCAGCAUGAUUGUAUCUUGAGUGAGACGACUCAUGGUCUUUCUGGUGAUGGUGUUGCUGGCACAGAUGCACCUCGCAAGGUUGCCCUAACUGUUGCAAACACAGAAAAUGCUCUUGACAAUGGCCAACACCCUACUGCGUCAACGGACCAGGGGCCGUCUAAUGGGGCAAUCCCAGUUUCGACCAUGGACGCAAGGCCCAAAAGUACUGAGCUUGAAACAGUCUCGCCGUCUCCAGCACCAGCCGCUCUAUCCUUGAAUCUUGAAUCGCUUCUCGAGAAUCCGACCACGGCCGGACCAGAUAUCCCGCCUUGCGAGAUCACAACCGUUGAGCUCGUGAAUCCAGAACGCAUCCAAACCAUGCACAACGAGCGCUACGAGGUGCUACUCCGCGAGUUCCAGCCAAACGACGACCCAGCACAGUACACAUCUGCUGAUCCAGGCAGUGGGAGCCACGAACAUAGAUGUGCGCUUCGACGUCUCUGCCUACUUGCCUUCUCCCCACGACUCGAUAAAUUUGUUUCGCGGAUCAACGCCAAACACGACCUAACUGGCCAGCUCAAGGACCACGCAGAGAAAGAGGAUAGAGGGUUUGCACUAUACUACGCAAACACAGCCCUAGACCCUUCCGUGCCCAUGCCAUCUACCCCACUCCUCCAGGGCUCAUACCUGGCAAUGGACACACCCAAGCUGCGAAUCCUACUCAAGAUACUACACGACGAGGGUAUUUUCGAUACAGCUACAGCAAUAGCAACCCGCCCCCGCAUCAUAAUCGUCGCUCACUGGCCCCUAAUUCUCUGGAUGACAGAGAUGUUCCUAAACUCACUCUCCGUCCCCUUCGUGACAAUCCGGCCGUCCAUGUCCGCCAAAGACCGCAAGAAAACCAUAACAAACUUCACGACUGCGAGCCCCAAACGCGCGUGCCAGGUGCUGCUCACGAAUUUCAAUUGCGGGGCCAAGACGAUGAAUCUGCAUACACGCUGCUCGAGGAUGGUUGUUAUGGAGCCGCCGCUGAGUUUGAAACGACUCUGCCAUGCUAUUGGGGGUAUUCAUCGGGUGGGACAGAAGGAGAGACAGAAGGUUUGGAUCCUUUAUCAGGAUCAGACGUUUAGUCGGUGGGUUGAGGCGAAUAGUACGCUGAAUUCAUUGCCUUUGGUUGCGGCGAAGAUGGGGAAAGAGAAGCAGGGCGAGGGAGCUGGAAGCUCCGGGAACGAACCGGAUCCCAGCUCACACUUUAACCCAACCAAUCCCACUCGAUUGAGGCCACCGUCGAAUCUGGCUCCGAAAUCUUUCUCCCGGAGCCGCUGGCGAACCCCGCCGCCGACCCUCGCGAAGCGGCAACAGCCACAACCGUUCCUUCACCCACAACACCCUCGUCGCUUCCCUCUCCAAGACCCAAUCCCAAAAUCCAGCGGCCACGGCAAGUUUUCUCGUCUCUUUCGCCUCAUAUUUGGACCCCACGCGGGACGCCGUGCGCACCUCCGGCUGUGGAAUUUCCGACACGAGACCAUCCCCGCUGUUCGGCACCGGGCGCAGGCGAGGGUUUACCGAGCGCUUCUCCAGCGACAGGCGAGGCUCGCCAGGAAAGCGGAAACAGGGAAAUUAGGCCUUAAGGAGUUUCUUGUCGGACGGAGACGGCGGCGACGCCGGGGCGUGAGCGGGCUUGUUGGGGGACUGCUGGUGCCGUCUGAGAACGCGGCGCGAGGUUUAGGAAUAGGAGCGAAGGCGAAGACGAAGUCGCCUAGCGGGGACAUGUCAGAAUACGGGUCUCUGUCGUCGUGGGGGAGUGGUUAUGGAUCAGGGACGCGGCGGAAGAAGGUGUUUGACUAUUUGAAGGCGGCGAAUGAGUUGCGGCAGUCGUAUGCGGCAUCGUGGACGGCGCAGCGGAAUGCAGCACGAGACUUUGACGAAGAGUAUUUGAAUACGCCUGGGGCGUUUCCGGAUGUUGAGAUUGCGCGGGCUGGGGGUGAGGAGAUGAUUAUUUUCCCGAGCUAUGCGAGGCGGUUGGAUCCGGACCGAGUAGAGGAGAUGAAGAGACAGAAGGAGCAGCAGCAGCAGGAGCGUGACUCGAUUGACUCGAUUGAUGAGUAUCAUGGGCUGGAUCAAGCGGAAGAACACGAUAUGCCGGAGUGGAAUAUCUUUGAUUCUGCCAAUGCUGUCGUUGCGGUUGAUGUACGGGGGUGGGUGUAUGCGCCUUAUCGUGGGCCGAUGACUCGGAAACAGCGGCUGGUGGUUGCGCUGGCCCGGCGAUUGAGUGGUGUGCCUGCUCCCAGCAAUAACGAGACUGGCCCGGAUGGAUCGGAUCAAGAUGGGGAACGAUUACCACAUAUGACUGAGAAAAGGGAGGAGGAGAUUGUCAACACGGAGGCACAAUCGAUAAUUAGGAAUGCCGACAAAGGGAAUGAGUUGAAUUUGAAAGAGGCUUCAGAUUCCCUUGAGGACGAUAUCCCUGGCCGCAGUCCACAGCGAACACCAACAACCGCGUCAGCUCAGUCGACGCUGUCGGCACAAUCUACGCAGCUAAGUAAGGAUGAGCUUUCCGUUGCGAAUGCUAAUCUUAUGCAACGGAUACGGCCGUUCUUGUCGAGCCCAAGGGCUGAGAUGGCGGUGACUGUUUUCUUCUUCAACGAUAAAGAAAGCCAGUCAAAGAAUAUCUUGACAAACGAGGCCGGCCAUUUCUCUGUUCGAGUGUCACUACCGUUCAUUCCCACCCAUGUCCGCGUCCUUGCUUCGGAGGACCUUUCUGGUGUGAAGGAGAUUGAAAUCAUUGAACCCAAGGGAGUCAGUAUGAUAAGUGAUAUUGAUGACACGGUAAAACAUUCUGCCAUUGCGAAUGGCGCAAAAGAGAUGUGCCGGAAUGUAUUUGUCCGUGACCUGUCGGAGCUGACCAUUGACGGUGUUACCGACUGGUAUAAUGAAAUGGCCAAACUAGGCGUGGACAUGCACUACGUUUCCAGUUCGCCGUGGCAGCUUUAUCCACUUUUAGAUCGCUUCUUCAAGAUGGUUGGACUUCCGCCUGGAUCCUUCCAUCUGAAGCAGUAUAGCGGUAUGUUGCAAGGUGUCUUUGAACCUACUGCAGAGAGGAAGAAGGGGGCCCUGGAGCAGAUUCUAGGAGACUUCCCGGACCGGAAGUUCAUCUUAGUUGGGGACAGUGGGGAGGCAGAUCUUGAGGUGUAUACCGACAUUGUGAUGGCAAAUCCGGGCAGAAUCCUCGGCGUAUUCAUACGCGAUAUCACCACGUCGGAGCGCGCUACAUUCUUUGAAAAGUCUGUCCCGGAGCAGACGCCUUCCCGCAUGCGCAGCACUCCUGAAUUGGCUGAACAUUCCGAUUCGGCGCCCAACAGGCCUACAUUACCGCCACGGCCGCCACGAACGUCCUCAGACCCAGCUUUAGAAACUAAAUCUGCACAGAGCGACGACUUGAUUGACCUUUCGGAAGAACCUGAAAAACCGCAAAACUUACGAGCGCCACCUACAGUUCCCUCGAAACCAUCCUCACUCCGCUCCGUCACAAAUACAACCGAUAUCACAGAGAAACCCGGGGAAGCCAUCAAACGCAAACCUGCGCCCCCUCUACCGAGACGGCGCGGCGGUGACCCAGAGUCGCUGUCACCCGGUGAACCUGUAUCGGGACGGUCAUCUCCUGGCACGGAAACUGGUGGAUCGAAACAGCCACCGCCGCCUCCACCUCCUCGCCGAUCUAAUACUGGAGCAUCAUCUAUGAGCUCUACUUCUCAAACGAGCGCAAACGCGAACCGUCAGGCUGCGGAUCAGCAACCGCCAUUCCGUACAUCGACUACACCUUCCUCCCGGCCCUCUUCUCCAGCAAAUACCAGCUUAUAUCCACCCCCACCGCGCACUCUCCGAUCCCCACCUUCGAAUUCCUCACUUAACAAAACUAACGCGAACAAUUCAGCAACUCCUCGGAUUCCUCUUGGGAACAAACGGGAAGAACUGUGGCGGAGACGCUGGGAACGAGCUAGCGAGAUUUUAGGUGACAAGGGGGUAGUGCUGGGUAGCUGGCGUGUUGGAACGGAUGUAAAGGACGUAAGUCUUUGGCUGGUGAAGGAAGCAAUGAAAGAGACACCGAACGAAGCGGAAAAGGAAAGGAAGGCCAGCAGUGCAUGA